AUGUUAUUCUGUUUUGAAUGCAUCAUUAAAUUGCUCCUCUAUACUCACUCAAGUAUAUAUUUCACUGCACAAAAUCUUGCCUUGCGUGGAAAAGCUACACAGUCAGACCUCAUCGAGAACCCAUGGCACGGUUUUAGUCAUGCCUCCAAUGCCAUUGAUGGGAACCGCGAUUCACAUUUUCAUCAUGGGUCCUGCACUGCCACUGAUGAAUCCACUAACCCCUGGUGGAGAGUGGACCUGCUUGAUACCUACAUGGUCACCUCCGUCACCAUCACCAACAGAGGGGAUGCUGUUCCUGAGAGGCUUAACGGGGCUGAGAUACGAAUAGGAAAUUCUUUAGUGGACAAUGCCAUUCAUAACCCUUUGUGAGUCAAGAUACUGUGUUUAAAAAAAAUGGUAUAUACAAUGUGUUGCUACUGUUUACAUCCUUGAAGAGUUAAAUUAGAGUGACCACAGUAUAAAUAGCAGACAUACUGUACAUAAAAACCCAUGCAGACAGGACAGAUAGAAUCAAGCAAUGCUGGUGAAAAGAUUCAACCCCACUCAUAGGUUACCACCAGACCAGAGGCACAGUUGUAGACAUCAGCAUAUCAUCUCCUGUUCCUUGUUUAUUUAGUUUAAAUAAAGUUAUGUAGUAUAUGAUGCAGUAUCUUGACAGAGGUCAGUAAAAAUUAAUUUCUCUCUCCAGGGCUAAAACAAUUGCCUCUGUGCCAGCCGGCAGUUCUCUCACCCUGGACUUGAACCCAGCAUUUGAAGGACGUUAUGUGACUGUGGUUCUACCAGGCCAGCAAAGACUUCUUACACUCUGUGAAGUGGAGGUUUAUGGCUACCUUGCUCCAACUGGUAAGAACGUAUAUUAAUAUAUAUAUAUAUAUAUAUAUAUAUAUAUAUACAGUGGGGGAAAAAAGUAUUUAGCCAGCCACCAAUUGUGCAAGUUCUCCCACUUAAAAAGAAGAGAGAGGCCUGUAAUUUUCAUCAUAGGUACACGUCAACUAUGACAGACAAAAUGAGGAAAAAAAUUCCAGAAAAUCACAUUGUAGGAUUUUUAAUGAAUUUAUUUGCAAAUUAUGGUGGAAAAUAAGUAUUUGGUCAAUAACAGAAGUUUCUCAAUACUUUGUUAUAUACCCUUUGUUGGCAAUGACACAGGUCAAACGUUUUCUGUAAGUCUUCACAAGGUUUUCACACACUGUUGCUGGUAUUUUGGCCCAUUCCUCCAUGCAGAUCUCCUCUAGAGCAGUGAUGUUUUGGGGCUGUCGCUGGGCAACACGGACUUCCAACUCCCUCCAAAGAUUUUCUAUGGGGUUGAGAUCUGGAGACUGCCUAGGCCACUCCAGGACAUUGAAAUGCUUCUUACGAAGCCACUCCUUCGUUGCCCGGGCGAUGUGUUUGGGAUCAUUGGUCAUGCUGAAAGACCCAGGCAUGUUUUCUUCAUGCUGAAGGAGUUUUGACCGAUCAUGGCCAAGGGAAUUCAAAGGGUUGGGGGGGGCCCCUUUGGGGGGGGAAAAAAGGGAAUGGGGGUUUUUUUCCAAACCCCCCGCUUUCAAUUUAAGGGGGGGGGGGUUUUUGGGGGGUUGGGGGAAAAUUUUUGGGUUUUUUUUAAAAAAAAGGGCAAAAAAACGGGGGAAAAUUGGGGAAAGGGGGGGUUUUUACCCCAAAAAGGGGGUUCUUUUAUUUUGGGUUUCCUUUUUGCCAAUUUUUGGGGGGGGGGGGCAUUCUCCCAAUCCUCUUUUUUUUGGGGAAUUCCAAUUUCCAAAAUGGGGACUUUCUUUUUUUUGGGGAAACUUUUUAGGGGGGGCGGGGGGCCUUUGGGGGGAUGGGGGGGAGGCCUUUUUGGGGGGGGUUAAGGAAUUUUGGGGACAAGUUUCUUUCACUUUUUUACGGGGAAUUUUUUAGUCCCGGGGGGGGGGGCGGGGGGGGGGGGGGGGGGUAAAAAAUGUUGGGGGGUUACUUGGGGGGGUGGUUUAAAGGGGGAUUUGGGGGGGGAAAAAUACUCUUUUUUUGGGGGGCCCCAAAAACUUCGGGGGGGGGUUUCAAAAGGGGGGGGUUUAAAAUUUUUUUUAAAAACUUUUUUUUAAGGGCCCCCGGGGGGGGGGGUUGGGGUUCUUUGGGGGGUUUUUUGCUUUUCAAAAAAGGGGGUUCUUUGGGAUUUUUUAAUUUUUGGGGACCCCCAAAAAGGGGGGGGGGGGGGAAGGGGGGGGGGGGGGGUUUUUUUUGCGUGGGAAAGGGGGGGGCCCCAAAAAUCGGAAGGGGGGGGGAUUUAAUCAAAAAAAAGGGUUCUUUUGGUAAAUUUGGGUUCCUUUUUUUUUUUUUUCCAAAAAAAGUUCCUUUUUUUUUUUUAAUUUUUUAAAUUGGCUUUUUUUUUUCCCCCAAACAGGGGGGUUGGGAAUUUCUUUUCUUCAAACCAGGGGUUGGGGGGUUACCUUUUUGGGGGGAAAAUUUUCCAAGUUUUUCCCCGGGGGGCCUUUUUUUUGGGGGGGCCGGGGGGUUCUUUUUGGGGGGGGGGGGUUUGGCCAAUAAGGGGGGGGGGGGGAAGGGGGUUUGGGGAGGGGGGGUGGGUGGUUGGAGGUUUGGGGGGGGGGAAUUUCAAAGGGGUUUUCCUUUUUUAUCCCCUUGGGGAAAAAACCCCCCCCUUUUUUCCCCCAACAGGGGUUUCCCCCCUUUUUUAAUUUCCCAAGGGGUAACGAAAAAUGGGAGGAAAAAAGAGGGAGCCUUUUAAGGAAAAAAAGUUUACAGUUUCUUGAGGGCCCCCAGAAAUCUUGGUUUUUUUUUGAGAUUUGGGACCCCCCAAAACCCCCUUUUAUUUUUCCACCCAUUUUAAAAUUUGGGGAAACAUUUACCUUUUUCCCCUUUUUUAAAAAAGGUUUUUCAAAUUUAUUUUUCCUUUGGCCUUUUUUAGGGGGGGGUUUCAAAUUUUUUAAAUUUAUUUAAUCGGGGGGCAAAUUUGGGAAAAACCCAAAUUUUUUUUAUUAUUUUUUUUAAAAGGGGUUCUUUAAUUUUAAAAAAUUUUUGAAUAAAAAAUUUUUGGUUUUUAUUUUUAAAAAGGUUUUUUUAUGAAUGAUCUGCAACCCUUUACGAAAGGGGGCAUUAAGGUUUCAUAAAGGUGGGUUUGAAAGCAUUAUGGGAAAACCCCCCUUUAUAUAAAUUGUAAACCCUUUUAAAAGUGUUUUUACAGGGCCCAAAACAUUUUUUUUCACAUUUUUUGUCUAGGAAUGAAUGUGGCGAUGACAGGAAAGCCACCCAGUCAUCAUUACAUGGGUUUGGGUUUGCUAACAAUGCUAUCGAUGGGAACCGAAAUGUAUUUAUGAAGAUGGUACCUGCACCCACACCAAAGCCAACUAUAACGCCUGGUGGAAUGGUGGACCUUCUGAAGACCUACAAAGUGUUCUCCAUCACCAUUACCAACACAGUCGACAGUGUUCCCAGCAGACUCAUGGAGCUGAGAUUCGCAUUGGAAACUCCCUGGAAAACAACGGCAUCAACAAUCCCAGGUGAAUUACUGUAGUAGAGUUGAGGUCCUUUUUAUAUGUUUUAAAGAUUAGUUGAAGCAAAAAAGGAUGGAAAACCAACCUAGCCAAUCAGGAGCCAAGUUGGAACUAUAACCAUAUUCGUACAUUUAUCCUGGCUAAGGUACUUACGGGUACCGUAAAGGGGCAAUCUGGCGAAUGGUACAUCCAUUUUUUGACUUUUAAAUUAAUGAUUUUAUACCCAUUGAUGUUGAAGUAUAUAGCUCAUAAAUACCUCAUGAGCUUAGUUCAGAACCCAAAAUAUAAACUUGUUUUACUCCAAUGUUUGUAAACAAUGUAGAUGUAAAUUGACACGGUAUAGUCUCAAAACAUUGUUAAAACUAUAAUGUUGAUAUCAUAGUUGGUCAGUACUUGCAUACAUAGCUCUGCCUAUGAUUUUGAAAGAGGUUACAUUAAUCCAGCCUCAUCCCUCAGUUUUUUUUACCAAAACAGUUGCGGGGUGCCGCUUUGUUAUUGUUUGAACUGCAGAUGGGCGGCUAGAGAUAGCGGCUAGAUAUCAAUUUGAAAUUGAGCAGAAGUUGCUAUAGUAGUUUGUUUAUCUUUUAUCCUGCAGGUGUGCUGUGAUUUCCUCUAUCCCAGGUGGCAAUUCAAGCACCUUCCAGUGUAAUGGCAUGGAGGGUCGAUAUGUCAACGUGGUCAUUCCAGGGAGGAAGGAGUACCUGACCUUGUGUGAGGUGGAGGUGUACGGGUCACCCCUGGAUGGGACUGGGCCUACAUGUAACUAAAUCAGAUCAUUAAGUCUUAACAGCACCCUGCAAUGUUUGGGGGCUGUAUUGUCUUACAGAAAACAAUUAAACAUGUUUUGUAUACUUUCACUAUGUUAAUUAUCAAAAAUGUGUAUUUACUUUCAGUAUACAAAAACGAAUUUGGUACACUAUUCUGGAAGUUCUGUUUGUACACUGUUUUUGGAUGUUUGGGUAUAAAUUGGCAAACAUUUUUUGUAAAACUUUUAGCCUAAUUAUUGGUUAGAUGGUUAUUAUUAAUACCUAGAAAUACAUGUAAUGCUGUAAUACUAAUGCUAUUAUGUUAGAAUUAAUGGUCCCGCUUUAAAUGACGUUCAGAUUAUAAAGGCUUCGUAAAGCCUUCAUAAUGCCUUCAUAAGCACUAUAUACAUCUGUUACAAAGCAUCUAUAACCGUAUGUCAUCCUUUAUAAAGGGUUCAUAAAUGUGGCAUAACUGUGUGACAUAAUCGCCAAUGUCAAAUGUGACAUAAUCCACUAGGUCGAAUAUGAUGUAAACAUGUGCUUUAUAAAGGGUGACAUGCUGAAGGAUGGCAACGCUCUAAAGUGAUGUCAUGUUAGUCACAUUACACCUAAUCUCGUUCCCAAACACUUCCGCCCAAAUGCUCAGAAGGUCACUUCCUGGUGAGGCCUGAUCACCCUCACUAGAAAGACUGGAGACAUUGGGUGAGAUGUAAACACUAAUAAUUAGAAGAAGUUUAUAAUUCAUCAAUAGUCCUAUGUGUAUUUCGAAUCACGAGAAGGACAGAGAGAGAGUGCUGCCUCUGAAUGAGGGACACCUGUCUCUAGUCUAUUUUACCAUUACCUUAUGGGAUACAAUUAUUUCCUUAUGGAGUUAUCAAGAGUUGUAAUUCUAAUUUGAUUUGUUUUUGAUUUAACAGGCAGUGUUGUUGUUUAUUGGGUCUCGUCAUCUUUUGGUCCUUUUUUGGUCAUUUCCCUCACGCUUCAUAACAUGUGCCGCCGGUUUUCCUCGCAGACCCCCACUGGAAAGCUCCGCAGGCAGAAUCAAUCAUCGCCAAAUUGUCGUGGAAAUUCUUACACAGGGACACUUGAAGUCAAUCUUAAAUUAAUCAUUGUCUACUGUCAACGCGCUGGAGAGGUUCUAACAAACAAUGAACCAUAGUGAACAUCUGUCAGAAUCUCUAACGGGGCAGUCCCGUUAGUUCCCUUAUAUACUGACAAGUUAUAUUUGCAUGAUUUAGCUUAUUCAUAAUUAAUUAAUCAUUAACGUUUGCUUCAUUUAUGUGACCGACCAAUUCUGGGUCAUGCAUGUGACAGACCAAUACCUCACGAGGCUUCUUCUCUCUAAGCUGAGACCUUGAAACUGAGAUAUCCCUUUCUCUAAAGAAGGUUCUGGGCAUACUGUCAAAUUGCAGACACUGGAUAGUGAGGAUUCGUUCAAUCAGUCACUUGCAUGAAUACAGAAAUUGGUUUAUGGAAAAGCACAAACAUAGAACAUAGAAAUUGGUCAAUAGAAAAGCACCAACAUAACAUUUUUCCAUCACACAACUUUAAAUGGUUGAUAUCCCAGGCUUAUGUGUGCUGUGUGGUGCAAUAGCCUGGGGGUGACGUUACACCAAGAAACACUUACCUUGAUGAAAGCCCCCAACCUAAAGAAAUUGAAAGUGUCUUUCUUCUGGAACCAAGUUACAUGUUCUUUAGAAGACAAAACAUCCAGACAACAAAAACGAGCCUUACCGCGUGGUGCUGGACCCAGUCAAAUCUUUGACACAUUCACUCACUCCCCCGCUGAAAGAUCAGCCACAAAAUGUUAGCACCAUUGUAACAUGUUGUAAACAAGCUCUGGUCUCCAGCAUGGGAACAGAAGAGGAAAAUCUGGUGCGGUAGUCUCAGGUUGGACUACUCCAAAUCAUCUUGGUUCUGACACACAAACGCAAGCUUUGCAGGUCCAUCAUCCCAUUUAAACAGCCUCUCACACACUACUGUAACCUGUGGAUCAUGACAGAAACUUCAUAAAUCAGCAGAAUGUUAAUAACCUAUUUAUUUACACUUUAUGUAGUGUCCAGUAAUACUUAAUUUGAAAUGAGACACCUUCGCAUGAUGCUGUACUUAAUUUAAAGUCAGACCCCUUUGGUCAUUUAUAGCACAUUAAGUACCAGUCAAACAUUUGGACACACCUACUCAUUCAAGGGUUUUUCUUUAUUUUUACUAUUUUCUACAUUGUAGAAUAAUAGUGAAUACAUCAAAACUAUGAAAUAACACAUAUGGAAUCAUGUAGUAACCAAAAAAGUGUUAAACAAAUCAAAAUAUAUUUUAUAUUUGAGAUUCUUCAAAGUAGCCACCCUUUGCCUUGAUGACAGCUUUGCACACUCUUGGCAUUCUCUCAACCAGCUUCACGAGGAACGCUUUUCCAAAAGUCUUGAAGGAGUUCCCACAUAUUCUGAGCACUUGUUGGCUGCUUUUCCUUCACCCUGUGGUCCAACUCAUCCCAAACCAUCUCAAUUGGGUUGCGGUCGGGGGAUUGUGGAGGCCAGGUCAUCUGAUGCAGCACUCCAUCACUCUCCUUGGUCAAAUAGCCCUUACACAGCCUGGAGGUGUGUUUUGGGUCAUUGUCCUGUUUAAAAACAAAUUACAGUCCCACUAAGCGUAAACCAGAUGGGAUGGCGUAUCGCUGCAGAAUGCUGUGGUAGCCAUGCUGGUUAAGUGUGUCUUGAAUUCUAAAUAAAUCACUGACAGUGUCACCAGCAAAGCACCCCCACACCAUCACACCUCCUCCUCCAUGCUUCACUGUGGGAACCACACACGCGAAGAUCAUCUGCUCACCUACUCUGCGUCUCACAAAGACAUGUCGGUUGGAACCAAAAAUGUCCAAUGGUCUAAUGUCCAUUGCUCGUGUUUCUUGGCCCAAGCAAGUCUCUUCUUCAUAUUGGUGUCCUUUAGUAGUGGUUUCUUUGCAGCAAUUCGACCAUGAAGGCCUGAUUCACGCAGUCUCCUCUGAACAGUUGAUGUUGAGAUGUGUCUGUUACUUGAACUCUGUGAAGCAUUUAUUUGGGCUGCAAUUUCUGAGGCUGGUAACUCUAAUGAACUUAUCCUCUGCAGCAGAGGUAACUCUGGGUCUUCCUUUCCUGUGGCAGUCCUCAUGAGAGCCAGUUUCACCAUAGCACUUGAUGUUUUUGCGAUUGCACUUAAAGAAACUUUCAAAGUAGAAAAUAGUACAAAUAAAGAACAACCCUUGAAUGAAUAGGUGAUCCAAAAUGUUUGACCUGUAGUGUACAUAAUGGCUUAAUGAUGUAAACACACAUGUAUUAACACUUAGGGAAUUGUCACUAAUAGCUAAAACAAGUGUCUAAACCAUACAUUUCUUUUUAUUUGAUGUUUCAAAAAGUCCAGCAAUGCGAUUACAUUGAACAUUACACAGGGCUGUGAAUAGUGUGGCUUGUCCCUGAGCUGGUGGACGAAUGGUUCUUGCCUCCGUUCUUGCUGGAGGUACUGCAUGUUGGUUCCAACCUUAAAGUAACAACAAAUAAAGUUAAUAGGUCUGUUAGGAAAUGCCGUUGUCACACCAUCUGGAUAAGGGCAUAUCUGUGCCGUACCAGAAACUCAAAAAUGUGAAGAUGGGAAUCUCCAUUAAAUUUGUUUAUUAUAUUCUUCUUUCAUUUACAAAUCUCAUGACGUAACUAUGAGACAUAGCUGUAUCUAAGGGAUAUGUAUUUAGCUGAGCCUGCUAGCUAACUAUAUUUCGAACUCAUCACAUGAUCAGCAUCUCAUCAGCAACACUAAAAAAGGCCUUCCGGAGUCACAGAAUUUCUGAAAUUUUCUAAAUAAAAGUCCCCCAUGUAAUAACAGAAAAGUGUCAAUAACUAUUUAUGAUAUAUGACAAAUAAUUAUCUAAACAUUAACAAUGAUUCAUAUUUGUUGAUAUUUAAGUGACAUUUGCAUUAAAUGUGGGUUUUAAAACAUGUUCCAAGGGUCAAUAAAUGCCCCCAAUGCUAAUCACUGUAUAUGGAAUACAUAUUGGCUUAGAGCAAGAACUAUUCUGGGUGCAGCAGUAAAAGUAUUGUAGGGAAUACUCAAUAGAAUGUAUAUAUGGUGUCAUUUCAUGGGGCUCUAAAUAAUACGGAGUGUGGCGGGCCUUUUACUCCAAACCCCUUCCUUGGGGGGCCCAAUCCACAUCCAUUUGUGCUUAUUUCACUAAAAAAGAAAAACCCGCUCCCAAAACAAAGCCCGGGGAUGCCCCACUGAAAAAAGGAAAACUACACCCCAAAAAUCGAAUUUCUUAAUUUUUUUCCCAAAACUUGGGGGAACCCGGGAAAAAAGGGGGGAAACCGAAACCCGGGAAAAAAAAAACCAAAAAACGGGAAAUUUUUGGGAAAAAAAUGAAAUUGGGAAUGAAUAAAAAAAUAUUAAAAAGGCCCCACCAUGUUUUUUCGUUCAUGAAAUGCACUUUGGGUCCCGUUUUUUUCCUGCACACGGCCCUUUUUUGGGGGUUGAUUUGGGCCCAAAAUUUUACAUGUAAAACCCAAAAGGGAAAGAGGUUGGGGCCCUUUUUUAUAAAUGUUUUGGGGAAAUAUAAUCUAAUAUAUAACAAUUUUUUCAGAAACUUUUUUCGAAAACGAAAUUUCAGUCUGCAUGAAUACUUUUUCGUAUGGGAUGGGCCUGGGAAUCAACCCAAUUCCGGCGUUUCAAUGCUCUACCAAAAGUUGAAGGGUUAUAAAAGUUUUGUGAAACCUCAAUUUAAUAUAUUUAUAAGGUCUUUUUAACGGUUCUUAUCCAACCUUUUUAAAGGGACAGGGUUUUUAAACAUAUUUGACAUUGGUUUGGGUUUUUCCCAAAAAGUUUUUGCCACAUUUAUGAACCCUUUAUACAGCAUGACAAAGGUUUUUAGAUAUGUGGGAAAAAAAUUUAUUUUUAUUUUUUGAAGGGGUUUAUGAAGGCUUUAUGAGCCCUUUUUAAGCUGCACUUUUUUAAAAACGGGACCCCAAUUAAUUUGUGAAAAACUGGAAUUUUUCCAUUGUUUUUGGGUUUUUGUGCUUUUAGUCUGUUAAAAACCCAAAUAAAUUGGGCAAAUAUGCGCUCCUUUGUCCUUUGAAAAAAAACAAACCACUCUUUUCCCUAGCCUGUUCCCCCUGAAGUUGUAACAAAUUUUCUUUUCCCCGAAAUUUUAGGGCCCCCAAUUUGGUCGGGAUGGGCCCGCAUAUGACUUUAAUUUCUUGGGAGCUUUUUUAAAUUCCGGCUUCAAAAAUCAUGCCCUUGGUUUUAAGUUUUUAAAACCAUAAACCUAAAAAUUUUAACCACUGCAUUCAUAUAUGGCUGGUGUUACCAGACCAGGACAAGACCAAAUCAACAUAAAUCAAAAUACGUCUAAAACCCCCGGGUGGACAUUUUAAAGGGAAAUAAUAUGACAAACCCCACCAGUAAUCCCCCUUGAAGCCCUUUCCCCCUUUUUUGGGCAAAUAGGGAGUGUGUUUAAAUUUUUUUUACAUAAUGUUAUUUUAAUUUUACUUAAAAACAAGACGUCAAAAGAUGAAAAAUCAACACUUGAAAGUAGGCUUGAAGUGAAUACUACCAAACUAACCCUUUAAAUGAAUAAUGCCCCAAAAAGGGCUAAAAACCAUGGGUAGACGUGCCCAUGACCACGUUUUUAUCCCAAUUUUUGUGUGAGUAAAAAACCAACCCUAUAAAAAUAAACACGACAGCUGUUGGGAAAAGGACGUUUCGGUACAAUUUUAAAAAAAAUAAAAAAAAAUAGGCUACUUGUGAAACGAUAAGUGAUUACGUGUAAGGGGUUUUAUAUAGGCUAUCUGAAAUGUUGGGAAAAGUAAAAUUUCUUACUGGUUUUUUCACCUUGGGGAAAUUGAAAUUAAUCUCAUGUUGAAUGCGACCUGGGCGUUUUUUCGUCAUAUUAUAGGUGUUUUUACCUUUCUUUAAAGUGCCUUACCCUUCCCCCCAUAGAAACAGGGAAUUAUUUUUAUAAAAAUUUUAAAAUCAUUGCGUUUUCCUGUUUUAUUUGGUUUUUUUUUCAACUUUUUUUUAUUGGGCAAACAGCCAAAGCAUUAUUCUAGUCAUAUUAGCCAAACCCUUUUAGAGUUGCAUCUUUAAUCCCCCCUCUUUCUAAAUUUCGAAAGGUAUAUUUCCAUCCUGUUUCCCUUAAAACCGCUCACAUAAAGUGGGGGCAAAAUUUUAGAAAGGGUUUUUUCCUGCAAUUUUCAUUUUGGAAUUUACCCAAAGGGUUAUGUACAAAGCUGAUUCUGGGACAGUGAAUAACCCUUUUAGGUUAUAGAUAGCACCUUUUUUUCUAAGAGUGCACUCUACUGUUCUAUUGCAGACUCUUCCUUUAGGAUAACUUAUUAUUUCUCUUCAGGGCUGGGGUCAUUCAAUCCAUUCCAGCAGGUAGAUCUCUCACUCUGAGGUGGACAUCAGGUGUAGAAGGACGUUAUGUGACUGUGGUUCUACCAGGCAAGAACAAAAUUCUAACUCUCUGUGAAGUGGAGGUGUAUGGGUACCAUUCUUCAACUGGUAGGACUCCGUUCUCUUAAAUGUAUUUUCAUUUAUCUUCAGCAACAUCUGCAACACUCAUGGUCUAGCUUCUUUAGAAACAAAAUAUGAAUAUAGUGACCAGUAAACAAAGUAUAAUGUCCUGCUAUUGUGUCCAGGAGAGAAUGUGUCGUUGAAGGGAAAAGCCACCCAAUCUUCACUUCAUAAAUUUGGAUCUGCGUACAAUGCCAUUGACGGGAACCGUGAUGGCUGUUGGGCACAUGGCUCCUGCAUGUCACGAUCGUCAUACAUAGAGGAGGAGGACCAAGGCGCAGCGUUGAAUGUGAACAUAUUAUUUAUUUUAAUGAUCACCCGAUCAAAACAACAAAACAACGACGUGACAGUCGACGGUCAAUACACAACCAAACACGAACAAAAACCCACAACACCCACAGGAAAACAUACAGAUUAAAUAUGGCUCCCAAUCAGAGAUAACGAGCCGACAGCUGACACUCGUUACCUCCAAUUGGGAGUCAUUGACCAAACAUAGAAAUGAACCCAACAGAAAUACAAACAUAGAAAUACACCCAAAUAAUGAACACACCCUGGCUCAAUAUACAGAGUCCCGGAGCCAGAGCGUGACAGUACCCCCCCCCUAAAGGCGCGGACUGCGACCGCGCCUCAAUACGGGCUAAACAAGGGAGGGCUGGGUGGGCAUACCUCCUCGGCGGUGGCUCUGGCUCCGUCCUUGAUCCCCACCUCCUCUCCAACCCCCCAAAGUACCCCUGGUCCUGUCUAGCCCCGUUGGCCGGAGCCGGACUGACGACACGCGCCCCUGGCCUGAUGCGUGGAGGAGGAACGGGCCGGACCGGGCUGACGACGCGCACCACUGACCUGGUGCGGGGAGCUUGGAUGGGCCGAACUGGGCUGGCGACGCGCACCACAGACUUGGUGCGGAGAGCAGGAACGGCCCGGACAGGGCUGACGAAACGCACCACAGACUUGGUGCGGAGAACAGGCACGGGCCGUGCCGGACUGACGCCGCACCCCACUGGCUUGGUGUGGGGAGCAGGAGCGGACCGAGCCGGGCUGUCGAAGCGCACCCCUGACUUUGUGCGGGGAGCAGGAACGGGACGAGCCGGGCUGGCGACGCGCACCACAGACCUGGUGCGGAGAGCAGGAACGGGCAGAGCCGGGCUGACGAGACGCACCACAGACUUGAUGCGGGGAGCAGGAAUGGGCCGGACUGGGCUGGCGACGCGCACCACAGACCUGGUGCGGAGAGCAGGAACGGGCAGAGCCGGGCUGACGAGACGUACCACAGACUUGAUGCGGGGAGCAGGAAUGGGCCGGACUGGACUGACGACGCACACCACUGGCUUGGUGCGGGAAGCUUGGAUGGGCCGGACUGUACUGGGGACACACACCACUGGCCCUACACCGGGAUCUGGAACGGGCCGGACCGGACUGGCAACACACGCCAGUACCUCUCGCCGUGCCUCUACUUCUUCCAUCCCCUCUUCGACCAGUGGCCCCCGUAACCCGGCGGCCUUCUCCGGCAACCCACUGGGCCGCUCUAUCGUGGCCUCCUGCUGGUCCGCCGUCGUGAGCCCCCCCCUAAAAAUUUUCGGGGCGUCUCUCCUACCCGUGGCCCAGGUCUCCAUGUCCCUCGCCAGCUUCUCGCCCUUCUGCCAUAAAUUCAAGCCCCUCUCUUCCUCACUCGGCUUGACCCAGUCCAGGAGGCGAAGGAGAUCUGUGAGGGAUCUCCCCGGCGAUGGCUCCUGGACACGCUGCUUGGUCCCAUCUUGGUGGGUUUUUCUGUCACGAUCGUCAUACAUAGAGGAGGAGGACCAAGGCGCAGCGUUGAAUGUGAACAUAUUAUUUAUUUUAAUGAUCACCCGAUCAAAACAACAAAACAACGACGUGACAGUCGACGGUCAAUACACAACCAAACACGAACAAAAACCCACAACACCCACAGGAAAACAUACAGAUUAAAUAUGGCUCCCAAUCAGAGAUAACGAGCCGACAGCUGACACUCGUUACCUCCAAUUGGGAGUCAUUGACCAAACAUAGAAAUGAACCCAACAGAAAUACAAACAUAGAAAUACACCCAAAUAAUGAACACACCCUGGCUCAAUAUACAGAGUCCCGGAGCCAGAGCGUGACACUGCACCCACACUGAAGUUGAACUGAACCCCUGGUGGAGGGUGGACCUUCUGAAGACCUACAAAGUGUUCUCUGUCACCAUCACCAAUAACUUAGACAUAAUUCCCAGCAGACUGAAUGGUGCUGAGAUACGUAUUGGAAACUCCCUGGACAACAACAAUGGCAACAACAAUCCCAGGUGAAGUAUGGGACUUUAAGUCCAUAGAUACUACACUGUGUGAGAGACCGUGUUGGGAAGUACUGAACUAGAUGUAGUUCAACUAGUAAUUAAACUACAUUUUGCAGUAGCCUGGUGGUAGUUGAACUAAAUUCAAAUCUUGGUAGUGUUUUCAGUAGUUAAUACUUUUUUUUGCGGUGUAGCCAACUACUAGAACUACACACUACUUCUUUUGUAAAAAGAAAAGUAAAUAUGGGUGAAGAAUUCCCUUUCUUUUUCAGCAUCAGACCUGUUUAAAUCUCACUUGAAACAUCGUUUUUGUUUAGCAGGCUAAACUACACAUUCUGUUAACAUAUGACCCCAAAGUGAUUUGUUCUUACAAUUUGUAGUCUAUGACAUUUCGAAUUUAGAUAUCAUAAUUUUCACAAAGUAGUUUGGAUGUAGUGAACUACUUUUGCAAAGUAACUAUAUUUUUCUUAAGGGUAGCUUUAGUGUAGCUUAAUUUCUUCCAUUGUGAAGUAAUCAGUAGCUUGGUAAACUAUAUUUUUAGAGUAGCUUCCCGAACACUGGUGAGAGAGUAGUAUUCAGCUGGGUUCAAGGUUAAUUGGCCAAAGUUAUUGCUCUUACUGCUGUUCUAAAUCAGAUUCAGAUCCAUUCAGAUCCAUUUAUUUUGCAUCCUGCAGGUGUGCUGUGAUCUCCUCUAUCCCAGCGGGCUUCUCCAGCACCUUCCAGUGUAACGGCAUGGAAGGACGAUAUGUCAAUGUGGUCAUUCCAGACAGAAGAGAGUACCUGAUUCUGUGUGAGGUGGAAGUGUACGGAGCACAGCUGGUUUGA